AUGGCAUUUGUAUUUAAGGCCACCGGAAGGGAUUCCGGCCGACCGCAGACAUCCUCUUCCCCGUCUGCCGGCGCGAAGAAAGGCCUUUCCCCGCUCGGCAGCCCCGAGCAGCCCCCUGGCGGUGAAGCGCCUGUGUCUGCCCAGGCGACGAGUCGUCUCCGUUCCGCCGGCGCCACACCUACGCCCGCGUUAACCCCUCACAUGAAGCGCACUCCGUCCUCGUUGUCGGGCUCGCCGUUAGCGCCCAAGUAUGGCGAGGGAGCGUCAUCUAUUUUAACGGCCGCCGGUGGACGGGCCGGCAAUCCGUCAAGCACAGCAGCACGCCGUGGAGGAGCCACUGGCGGCGGCGAUGGCGGCAUCCGCGGCUCCCCUUCGCCGUUCUCGCUGCGUCGACCCGCCCUGAGUGCAAGCGGUAGUGCGGGAGAUAGUCCGGGAGGAGAUGAUGGUGUUCCCUCCGGUGCUGGUGCUGGUGCUGGUGAUGGUGGUGGUGGUGGUGGUGGUGGCUCGGAGAGGGACGGAAGUGGGACGACGGACAGCAGUGUGGGGAGUGGGAUACUCACCGCCGCCGAUAUUUUGGCAUAUCGCGCUACUAGUAGCUCAACGCGCAAAGGAUCGCUGCACGCCGGUCAGAGUCGCUCCGCGCACCGCCAGCGCCACGAAGACCAAAGUGCGCAUGGGCACUUGCCUCGACACCGCCAGCAGAAGUCGCUUUCAUUCCGUCAGGGUUUCCGUCAUGGGCCGGGGCUAGGCGGGAGUCCCAGCAGCAAUCGCGUGGCGCAGCCUUCAAAAGAGGCAGCGGCCGCUAAGUCCGCCCACAGGCCCGCUGCCGUGGCGGCGACGACGGAUGCCGCGUCGAGUGCUGGUUCGGUGGCUUCUGACUCAUCCGACGUCAGCACCCGAGCCUCUGAGUCAGCCUCGGCCAGUCGUCGUGGCGGCCAUGCGAGCCCGCGUGCGAAGCCGAUGGACGCUCGUCACAACUCGUCGUCGUCGCUAUGGAGGUCACCAUCCGCGUCGUUCCCCUCUCCCCCUGCUGCAUCUGCUGCCGCCGCGUCAGCAGGCGCGAAGUCAAGAGGCGAGGCGGGCGCGUCGCCGUUGUCAGCAAGAGCGCCACAGCAAGCGGCAGCCCGCGCCAUGAUGCUGCGACGGUCACGUAGCUUCUCCACGUUCUCGCGGCCCCCUGCUACCGGUGCGCCUGCUACGACCGGCGCGAUUGCUGGAGCUAGUUCCGCGGACGGCAGCAACAGUGGCGCUCAUUCCGCGUACAGCAGCGCUGUUUCCGCGUGCGCCUCUGGCGGUAAACGGAACGAGAGGGAUGGCGGAGGCGGAAGCACGAGCACGAGCAACAAGCUGCUUCGAAGCCACAGCGUCGAGGGCAGCUGCGACGUGGGCGGCGAGAGUGCGGGCGAUAGCAACGCGCUGUUUGGUCGGGCGGGAGGUGCGAGCAGCAAGAGCAGCAGAGUCAAGGGGGCCCGUUCGCGAUACUGUCAUCCUCGAUACGCGCAACAGCACCAUCUCGACGCGCCGUCGUCGGCUGGCAGUGCAGCCUCGGCGCGCCGAGCGGGAGCGGCGUGGAACGUGGUGGACGCGCAGAUGGCGGAUUGGGGCUUGCUGGCAGGAAUUGGGGCCACGGGUGAUGCUCCUCGCGCGGAUUCUGGUCCUGCUGCUUCUGCUCGCACAGCUCGUAGCGCUCGCGCGGGUUCUGGAGCGAGUGAGCGCAGCGGCUCUACUCCUACUGGGAGCCGCCCCGCGCUCUCGAGGUCGCGAUCGGGAUUGAGUACGGUGGUGUUUCGCCGACUGUCGUUCUCGUGCGAGGGCGACGAGGCGACUGGCGAGGAGUGCGGGCUGGUCACCGAGAGUCACAGUGAGGAGGAGCAGGAAGGGGAGGGUACGGGAGGAGGCAGUGCGAGGACGACCGCACUUGCUGCUUCGGAUUAUGAUGAGCUUUAUGGGACGGGAAGGGUGGCGCGAGGCGACAUGGCGUCGCGCGGGCUGGACUGCCGGUGGUGGGACAAGAUCCGAGACGAGCUCGACGCACUCCGCGCGUUGGUGGAGGAAUCCGCGAGCACUGCGGCCCGCUCGCACCCAGCUGCCACCACUGCAGCUACUGCCGCUCCUCCACAAGCAUCACCUGGGCAGGAUCAUCGUCAGUCCCCACGCUUACGUCGAGGCAUGUUGAAACCAAGCACGAAGGGGGACGAGCAAGCACCACUGCUUGCAACCAACGCUGGCGGUGGUGCGGUGCUUGCGUGGCUGGGGCAUGCGAGGCGCGAACUGGAGAGCAUUGUUGGAGGGCGAGCGGGGGGACGUGGCGUGGAGUGCGGUGAUGGAGAACAUGCGCAGUUCAUCCGUCUGCCAGCCUUCUCCUGGGACGCCCUUGCUGAAGGGCCCUCUGGUGUCGUCCUGGGGAGACGGGCCAUUCGCAUUCAGCAGCAGCGCAGCCACACACACACGAAUUCAGAGACAGCAACAGAGGCUGCAGCAGGCGAGACUAAGGAAGGAGCGGUGGAAGCAGCAGAAGGUGCAGCAGGCGGCAGUGAGUCAGUGGACGCCGCCAGCUUACAGCAGGCCACACUCCCUGCCAGGAGCAUUACAGAAGACACUGCUCCACACGCCCAAGCACACCUCCCUGCGCCUGUGCCUCCUGCUCUGCGUACCCCAGCGGCACUGCCAUCGGCAGGGGGGUGGCUGGGCCGGCCCAGAGGGAAGCCAAGCGGUGCUGGCUUGAUUGGUGCGAGGGCAGCAGGAGGAGGAGGGAAAAGAGCCGGGGAGGUGGUUCUUUUAGGGAGGGGGAAAGAGGAGCACCUGGAGAACCAUAUGGUGAGGUUCUGGGCGCGGGAGAGGGGGUACCUACACAUGCUGGGCCUGCCAUCGUCGCACCAAGGCGCUGCCGUGGGGCAUGCACAAGGCGCUGCCGUGGGGCAUGCACAAGGCGCCGGUGUCACCAGUGGGGCCCACAAAGGCGCGGACGAGAGGCAAGCUGAUGGCUCUUUUGAGACUCAAUGCUUGGGAUUGAGCACUCAUGGCCGUUUGGCGCCUAUGACUUGUGCUGUGGCGGGUGCUGCUUCUGAUGUCGCUUCGCAUGCUAGCCGCCCAUUCCAGGGUGCUUCGAUUCCCCCUCCCAUGAGUGCAUCUCAGCACUCCUGCUUAUCCUCUACCGCCGUCCUCCCUCCUGCGCGUCCUCCGAACUAUCUUCAUCUUCAGCAGCAGCAUCGCAUGCCCCCCCGUGCCACCUCACGCCCUCCUGCCCUCUGCCCGUCUGUUGGCACCUCCCUGCUGCACCCAGCACUGCGCCACUCCAGGCUGGCAGGUGCAAGCCGUGUGCAGGGAGAGACUGCUGCUGCUGCUGCUGCUGCUGCUGCUGAUGGUUCUGCUGCUGCUGCUGUGGGGAAGAAUGCUGCUGACGGUCUUCCUUCAACAGCAAGAGCAGCAGCAGGCGAACUCCCUGCUAUGCACACCACGGUGGCAACACAGGGGGAUUGUGAGCAUGUGGGGGAGAGGAGGGACGAUGGGAGAGAAAAUGAGAGGGGCAUGGAGAGAUCGUGGGGUAGAGAAAGGGAGUGGGACAGGGAGAGCGAUAUGCGGGACCUGAAGCUGUACGCUCCUCGUUUUAACCCUCUCUUUGAACCCAAUGGUAACUCAUGGGAGGGUGGUGAGAGCAGAAGUGAGCGCAGCACAAGUGAUGGUGUCAGGGAUGUGGGAGAGUGGCCAGAGCAACAACAGGGGCGAGAGCAGGCACAGUGGGAGGAUCGAGCACAGCAGGGGCAGGGGCGUAGACGUUCAAGCAGAGGGAUUGGAGCGCUUGGGAGGAAGAGGCAUAGGGGGAGUGCAGGUCCGUGGAAAGGAAGCAGCACUGGCGGUGGGUACCGGAAUGACAGUCCGCACAAGAAGGCAAGAGGCGUGCUGGUAGGAGGGAGAAGUGGCGCUGUGGAGGGUACAGAGGCCGAGGGUGGGCGUGCACAGGUGCAUGAUUGUGGAGGUGUUGUGAGCAGCUCAUGUGCUGAUGGUGAUGCUGCUCGCACUUGUACUGUGGUGGGCACACAGGAGGGUGGGUUGGUGGAGGACACGGGGGGCGAGGAAGAGAGUGUGGAUGCAGAACGCAGUGCAGGGGAGUGCACGAGGCAGGAGGGUGGGGAAGACGAGGUGCAGUUGGCAGCAGGUGACGGCAGUGGCGGCAGUGGCGGCAGUGGUGGCAGUGGCUGCAGUGCAGGUGUGGGUGAUGGCGCUGUGGAGGACGUGCCUUGGCAGCAGCAGCAGGUGGAGGGGCAGCUUGGGGGUGAGGUGGAGGCGGCCCUUGCAGCACAGGGCAGUGCGGUGGAAGGCAUGCACGGCAGUGAUGGCAGCAGGCAGGGAGGCGGUGAGGAAGAGGCGCUGGGGUUGACGAGCAGGGGGAGUGAGGUGGUGGUGUUGGGGAGUGGAGAGGGAGGGGAUGGUCGGGGUGGUGGAGGGAGCAGGGGGGACGGCGACAUGUGGGGUGAUACGAUGCUUGGUAGCAGGGUGCAGCGAGGGAUGGGUCGUGGGACCAGUGGUGGAGGUGGUGGGACUUUCUUGGGUGGAAAUGAUGCGAGUGGAAUUGUGCUGCUGGCGCAUGUGAGGGUGCCCUUAUCCGCGCUGCACGUGGUGCUGCUAGUGGCGCGCCCGUCUCUCCUGGCGCGCUGCCUCACUGCCUUCGCAGGGAUCAUCUGGGGGCCACGACCCUGGCGCUUGGGGGCACGCGAGGACGACAGGCGAGGGGAGAGGGGAAGGGGGGAUGAGUGGGGGAGGGCGGAUGGGCAUGGUGACGGCAUGGAGAGGGAGGGAGGGGGCCGCAGGUUUCGACUGCUCCUGUCAAACGGACCAAGCACGCCACCACGUACACAGGCGAUUGAACAGGGGCGGAUCGAGGGAGACGGUGAGGGUGAGAUGGAGGGAGAGGCAGGGGGACACACGAGCGUGCAAGAGCACGAGCAGGUGCCUCUUGCAGCAACUCCUCCUCCCAUCACACCCGUUGCUUCCUCACCCAUGCCAUGCCUCCCUGCACCUGCUGCCACCACACGCACACACCAACCCUGCACGGUUCUCGCCCCUUUGCCUGCAAACCCCGCACUGCCUGUGGGUGGACCUCCCGUGGCUGUUCCACACACCCCACCACCUUCACCACUUCCCAUCUCCACGCCGCCAUCAUCACUUACACUCUUGACAGCAGAAUCUGAUGCAGCAGCACCAUCUCGGCGACCGCACCACCACCCUGAUCUCAAACCAGUCAACGAGCAGCAACCACACCGAAUGCAUUCCCAACGAUUCCCUCACCGCUCUUCCUCUCUGCCAUCGCACACAUGCCAUCCUCUCCCCCACCUGCCCAUCGUGCUGCCAGCAUCAGCAUGCGUGCCGCACGUGGGCCUGGCGCAGCAGCUGAGCGUGGUGGCGUGGGAGCGCGUGCUGGCGGCCAUGGCGGAGGGCAGGCAAGUGGAUGCCGCCCUCUGGAUGACCUGCCAGGCGCUCCUUGCUGCCACCCUCGCUGCUGGCUCCAUGCUGGGCAGGUGCGCGUGA